AUGCCUAAGCUUGUUUUGGUCAGACACGGACAAUCCGAAUGGAACGAAAAGAACUUGUUCACCGGUUGGGUGGACGUUCGCUUGUCGGAGGUUGGCCAGAAGGAGGCCAAGAGAGCUGGUGAGCUCAUCAAGGAAGCUGGUAUCCAGGCUGAUAUCUUGUACACUUCCAAGUUGUCCAGAGCCAUCCAGACCGCUAACCUCGCCUUGGACGCUGCCGACCAAUUGUACGUCCCAGUCAAGAGAUCGUGGAGAUUGAACGAGAGACACUACGGUGCCUUGCAGGGCAAGGACAAGGCCCAGACCUUGGAGCAGUACGGUGCUGAGCAGUUCCAGACCUGGAGAAGAUCUUUCGACAUUCCUCCUCCAGACAUUGAGGAUGACUCCAAGUACUCGCAGGUUGGUGAUGUUCGUUACAAGGACAUUGACCCAGCUGUGGUUCCAAAGACCGAGUCCUUGAAGUUGGUCAUUGACAGAUUGUUGCCAUACUACCAGGACGAGAUUGCCGGCGACUUGUUGCAGGGUAAGACCGUGCUCAUUGCUGCCCACGGUAACUCCUUGAGAGCUUUGGUCAAGCACUUGGACAACAUCUCCGAUGAGGACAUUGCUGGUUUGAACAUUCCUACUGGUAUUCCAUUGGUUUACGAGUUGGACGAGACCUUGAAGCCAACCAAGCCAGCUUACUACUUGGACCCAGAGGCUGCUGCUGCCGGUGCUGCUGCUGUUGCUGCCCAGGGUUCUAAGAAG